AUGGCCGGACACCACAAGGAAAAGGUGAUGCUGGAUGAGGUGCGUCACAACGAGAUCUUGCAGGAAUUGUACAUCAAAGAGUUGCGAAGCCAGAAACUCUACACGCAGUAUCACGUGAACCCCCUGCGCAAGGUUCACACAAUCACCAGAAAGCCCAUGUCUUGGCAUGAUAACCUGGAGGAACCUGCAGAUGACAGGUUUCUGAAUGUUAUUCACCAUACUGCCCAGGUGCCCAGGAAGAAAUAUCCCGAGACACAGACUGAAAACCAAGAAUAUGGCUGGUUCUCAGAGCCCUUGGUCAACCCAGAACGUGAUGACGCCAGGCUGAAUCACUUCAAGGUCUACAAUGACAUCACUCUGUACAAGGCUAAACUGUGGAGCUUGGGAGAAGACGAUCGCCACAAGUAG